UUGAUGGAGAACAGUACGGAAGUGACACAGUUCAUCCUCCUAGGACUAACCAAUGCCCCAGAACUGAAAGUCCCCCUCUUCAUCAUGUUCAUGCUCAUCUACUUCAUCAAUGUGGCUGGAAACCUAGGCAUGGUUAUUUUGGCUCUUUGGGACUCUCGUCUACACACUCCCAUGUACUUUUUCCUUGGUAACCUGUCUCUAGCGGACUUCUGCUAUUCUUCAGCGGUCACUCCCACAGUCAUGGCUGGGCUCCUUAUAGGAGACAAAGUCAUUUCCUACAGUGCUUGUGCUGCUCAGAUGUUCUUUUUUGCAGCCUUUGCCACUAUGGAAAAUUUCCUCUUGGCCCUGAUGGCCUAUGACCGCUAUGCAGCAGUGUGUAAGCCACUACAUUACACCACCACCAUGACAACAAGUAUGUGUGCGUGUCUGGCCACAGGCUGCUAUAUCUGUGGUUUCCUGAAUGCUUCCAUCCAUGUUGGGGAAACAUUCAGUCUCUCCUUCUGUAAGCCCAAUGUGGUCCAUCACUUUUUCUGUGAUGUGCCAGCAGUCAUGGCUCUGUCCUGUUCUGACAGACAUGUGAAUGAGCUUGUUCUUGUUUACGUGGCCAGCUUCAAUGUCUUUUUUGCCCUCCUGGUUAUCCUGAUAUCCUACCUUUGCAUAUUCAUCACCAUCCUGAAGAUGCACUCAGCCACAGGAUACCGGAAAGUAUUGUCCACCUGUGCUUCCCACCUCACCGCUGUCUCCAUCUUCUAUGGGACUAUCAUCUUCAUGUACUUACAACCCAGCUCCGCUCACUCCAUGGACAUAGACAAAAUGGCAUCUGUGUUUUACACUAUGGUCAUCCCCAUGCUGAACCCUGUGAUUUACAGCCUGAGAAACAAGGAGGUGAAGAGCGCAUUCAAGAAAGCUGUUGAGAAGGCAAAGUUGUGUCUACGAUUGUGA